ACCAAAACCCACCUUGGCAACAAAGCAGACGAGCACGCAGGACGUCGUACGAGAGGGAGUCGGUAGAGCGCGGCGCGCACGCCACACAGCAGGAGAAGCGAGAACCAACCAUCGCAUGGCGAUGGCGGCGGCGGCGGUGCUCGCUGCCGUCAUGGCGGCCGCCGCCGCGCAGGCGGCAGAGGUGCGCUGGGAGGUGGCGUACCUCACCGUGGAGCCCCUCGGACGACCGCAGAAGGUGAUUGCGAUAAACAACCAGUUCCCGGGUCCUCUGCUGAACGUGACGACGAACCAGAACGUGAGGGUGAACGUCCAGAACAACCUUGACGAGCCCCUCCUCAUCACCUGGGACGGAAUCCAGAUGAGGAUGAACUCGUGGCAGGACGGCGUCACGGGCACCAACUGCCCCAUCCCUCCCGGAUGGAACUGGACCUACGAGUUCCAGCUCAAGGACCAGAUCGGCAGCUUCUUCUACUUCCCGUCGCUCGGCCUUCAGCGAGCUGCCGGCGGGUUCGGCCCCAUCACCGUCAACAACCGCGCCACCGUGCCCGUCCCCUUCGACCAGCCUCAUGGCGACAUCACCCUGUUCAUCGGGGACUGGUACACCAAGGGCCACGUUGAACUGAGGAACAUGCUAGAUGAUGGUCAGGAUCUAGGCGCACCAGAUGCUAUUCUAAUCAAUGGAAGGGCACCUUACAGAUAUGACAGUGCACUGGUUCCGGAUGGCCUUCCCUACGAAAUCGUUGGGGUUGAGCCAGGCGAAACAUAUCGCUUCCGCGUCCACAACGUUGGCGUCUCAACAAGCCUCAACUUCAGGAUCCAGAACCACAACAUGCGUCUGGUGGAGACCGAAGGGACCUACACCAACCAGCAGAACUACACCGACCUGGACAUCCACGUGGGACAGUCCUACUCUUUCUUGGUGACCAUGGAUCAGAACGCGAGCACCGACUACUACAUUGUGGCGAGCCCGAGGUUCGUAGGCAAUCCUCGAUGGCACGAAGUGGCUGGUGUGGCCGUCCUUCAGUACUCCAACUCCAAGGGUAGGGCUUCUGGCAGCCUCCCUGAUGCUCCAGAUGAUCACUACGACAAGUACCACUCCAUGAACCAGGCAAGGUCCAUCAGAAUGAACACGAGCGCCGGCGCUGCCCGUCCAAACCCGCAGGGAUCAUUCCACUACGGAUCGAUCAACGUCACGCAGACCUUCGUCCUCAAGAACGAGCAGCCCCUGAGCAUCGGCGGGAAGCGCCGGAGGACGAUCAACAGGGUGUCCUACUCGCCUCCGGAGACGCCGCUGAGGCUGGCCGACCUCCACAACCUGACCGGAGUCUACGCAGCCGACUUCCCCGCGACGCCCAGCGACGACGACGCGCCGCCGAGGGUAGCUUCGUCCGCGCUCAACGCGUCCUACAAGGGGUUCCUGGAGAUCGUGUUCCAGAACAACGACACCGACGUCCAGACCUACCAUCUCGAUGGCUACUCCUUCUUUGUUGUCGGGAUGGAUUACGGCGAGUGGACACCGGACAGGAGGAGUGAGUACAACAAGUGGGAUGCCAUCUCUCGCUGCACGACUCAGGUCUUCCCCGGGGGCUGGACGGCGGUCCUAGUCUCGCUCGACAACGUUGGUGUCUGGAAUCUGCGCGCCGAAAGGCUGGAUGACUGGUACAGAGGGCAGGAGGUCUAUGUGAAGGUUGCCGAUCCACUGGGCUACAACAUCACCGAGAUGGUCGUCCCGGACAAUGCCCUCUACUGUGGUCUACUGAAGGAGAGGCAAAAGCCACAGGUUCAUGAGUCGAACAGCAAGUCGUCGGCGCAAGGCGAUGCUGGAUGGAGCAACCGACUCCUCGCAACCAUGAUCCUGGUCGUCGCAGCUGUGAUCUUCAGUUGAUCCUCUCUCUUUUUUUUUCUCCAAAGUUUUUUGGUAGAUUUUUGCCUAGAGGAAAUAGAACAUUGAAACGUCUAGCCUACAAGUUCAGCAUAGGGUAGUUCGUGGAGAUAGGAUCUGGCCGAGCUGUUUGAUAGUGUAGGGCAGCUUGGAAUGAUGUCUGUGGAGAAGGCAAGAAACGUGAUACUGGAAUGAGAUUUAUCAGU